CGGAGAAUUACUGAAAGCUACUUCUGUUCGGAUUUGACCCAAAAAAAAGGAAGGAAGGCUUUGAUACACUCUUCGGGAUCGUAUUUCUCGAAGAGGAUCACGUACGUAAGCAAUGGAAUCAAACUCGAAAUCCAGGAAAGAGUUCGUCUUGAUCAAAUACGCCGUCUUCUCGCGACUCCUCGUUCUCUUCUUAACCAUUCUGUGGCGGAGCUUCCUCCAACCGUACGAUACAUCCGCCGUGCUCAACCCGCCUUGCCUGCACCACAAAGAAGUCACCGAAGACUCUCCUCCUCCACUCGAUGCAUUCUCGAAGACGCUUGAGAACAGCGUCGUUUGGGACAGCGUGUACUUCCUCAGGAUCAGUCAGUGCGGGUACGAGUAUGAGCAGACUUACGCCUUCUUGCCUCUCCUUCCCUUCUUCAUCUCUCUUCUCUCUCGCACUGUUUUUGCGCCUUUGGUUCCGUUGAUUGGUCUUCGAGGUGUAAUGGUGUUGUCUGGUUACGUCGUCAGCAACUUGGCCUUCGUGUUUGCUGCUAUCUAUCUCUUCAGGGUUUCAGUUAUUAUCUUGAAGGAUACUGAGGCAUCAUUCAGAGCUUCAGUUAUGUUCUGUUUCAAUCCGGCGUCCAUAUUCUAUUCAUCAAUAUAUUCAGAAAGCCUGUAUGCUCUGUUUUCAAUUGGAGGAUUGUAUCACUUGUUAUCUGGUGCCAGCAAUGCAGCAGUUCUCUGGUUUGCACUCUCCGGUUGUGCAAGGUCCAAUGGAAUUCUUAAUGCUGGCUAUAUCUGUUUCCAAACUAUGCAUCGAGCAUAUGAGGCUUUGUAUCUGAAAAGGCGUGUUUGUGUUUUAGUUACUGGAUUUCUUCGAUGCGUAUGCAUUUGUCUUCCUUUUGUUGCAUUUCAAGCAUACGGAUACUAUAACAUAUGUCAUGGACAUACGCUUGAUGAAUUAAGGCCUUGGUGCAAAGCAAGGGUGCCUUUGCUGUACAACUUCAUUCAAAGUCAUUACUGGGGAGUAGGGUUCCUUAGAUACUUUCGGUUUAAACAGCUCCCAAACUUUCUGCUCGCUUCCCCAAUUUUGUCUCUAGCUGUGUGUUCAGUUGUAAGUUACAUGAAGACUCGACCUGAGCUCUUCAUUUCCUUGGGAUUUCAAGCUACCGAGAAAGAAAAGAGAUCUUCUGCAAAGCUUUAUUCUCUUAAGGAUGAUGCACUUGAACCAGCUGUUAAAAGUUCAUCAAAUGAUGGGAACCGUGACAUUAGGCAGAGAAGACCGAGUAAAAAGAAGGAUGUGGUUGUCACCAAUGCAGCUGCGAAAUCCAACUCGCCAGCUACAUCAGGAUGCUUUUCAGCUGAUGUUUUUCCAUUUGUCGUACACUUGUGUCUAAUGACAGCUACAGCGUUCUUCAUCAUGCAUGUUCAGGUUGCAACACGGUUCUUGUCAGCGAGCCCUUCUCUUUACUGGUUUGCAUCUCAUUUAAUUGCAUCUCCUAAGCAUAGGAAAUGGGAAUACUUGAUAUGGUCAUAUUGUGCAGCCUAUAUCCUACUUGGCACUCUUCUCUUCUCAAACUUCUAUCCAUUCACUUGAUUUAAAAAGUUUUCAGCACCUUAGUUGUUUCAUCAGAGAAUCAAGACGUUGGUUUACCUUUCCUAACGGCAAAAUUAACGGAUACUUGUGGUUAGUCCAGAGAACAAACCAGUUUUGUUGUUUCUGCAGGAUUCUAGCUCCUUCGUAUUUGGCAAGAUUUGUGACUUUUGUGAAAGAUUUUGUAUUAUGAAAUGAAGAUAAUGUUUGGUUUGCA